GCUCAUUUGUUUGCUCUGCUUUAUCCUUACGUUACUUAUUUAUCUGAAUGCCUGUAAUCAAUUAGGCAAAACAGCUCAAACGAUGUAUCACAUUACACAAUAUAUACAUUGUUUUGAACAUGUAAACUCUUGCACUUUAUGCUGAAUGUUGACACUUUUAUUACCAUUUCGAAAUAAUCCAUUAAACAGUUGCAAUUUGAGGAUCGUGCACUAAUAUUUUAAGUUCCACUGCGCGUUGUCUCUUGGACACGCCCACAAUAGGACGAUCUCAUGAAUAUUCAUGUAGACACCACCCAGAGGAACUGACGAACACCCCCCAGACAUUUGGCCUCAUUAGAAACGUUCAAAAACAGUGGAUUUACUCGCAUAAAUGAGCUUGUCUGUUCAGAUUUAAAGGAAUUACGUUCUGUGUUUUAGUUUCACUUUCGAUUUCGACUUUUCGAUUCAUUUCGUAUAAAGGAGCGUGAGAAUGGUGAACUGCGGUCUUGUGACUGAGAAAAACGAGCCAGUGCCUCUGAAGAGCAUCUCAGUGGAGGUUCGGGUUCAGGAUCAUGUAGCCACAGUCUCCUCCACUCUGCAGUAUGUGAAUGAGGAAGAGCGCCCCCUGGAGGCCUUGUUCGUCUUCCCUCUGCCUGCUGAUGCUGCUGUCUGCCACUUCAGUGCCAAGAUCGGAGAGCAGGAGAUUGUGGCAGAGGUCCAAGACAGAGAAACCGCGAGGGAUCAGUAUGAUGACGCUGUGAGUUCGGGUCAGCAGGCGUUUCUGUUGGAAGAGAGCGCAGAGAGUCCUGAUGUGUUCAGACUGAGUGUCGGGUGUCUGUCGCCGGGUCAGAACGCUGCCGUCACCAUCAUCUACGUCACCGAGCUCGCUGUGCAGGCCGACCACUCGCUGCGCUUCUGUCUGCCGGCUGUACUCAACCCCCGAUACACACCAGCAGGUUCAGCUGCUGGUAUAGUCUCAGAGAUUUCAUCAGGAUGUGGAUCUGUUCCCUACACGCUGACUCUCAGUGUCCAUGUGAGCUCUCCAAAGCCCAUCUCCAAACUAGAGUCCAGCUGCACUCUGGAUCCUCUAGUGUUCCUCCACUCUGAUCACACUCAGGCGACGGUGAAUCUGAGUCCUGGUCACAUGUUUGAUAAGGACGUUGAGCUGUUUGUGUACUAUCAGGAUACCCAUCAGCCCUCUGCUAUAGUGGAGGCAGGAGUGAACACUGCCCCAUCAGGCUCUCUGAUGAGGGACCCAGUGGUCAUGAUAAGUUUGUACCCAGAGUUCCCAGAGGAAGUGAUGUCACUGGCAACACAAGGAGAGUUUGUUUUUGUGAUUGACAGAUCAGGCAGUAUGAGAAACACGCGGAUAGAAAGUGCAAAGGACACUCUGCUGUUACUGUUGAAGAGUCUGCCCAUGGGAUGCUACUUCAAUAUCUAUGGAUUUGGCUCUCGUUUUGAGUCCUUCUACCGUAAGAGUGUCAAGUACAAUCAGAAAACAAUGGAUCAGGCUCUGAAGAGAGUGAAGGAAAUGCGAGCAGACUUGGGCGGCACAGAGAUUUUACAGCCUCUAAAACACAUCUACAGUCAGCCCUGUGUGCCCGACCACCCCAGACAGCUGUUCAUCUUCACUGAUGGAGAGGUGGGAAACACUAAAGAGGUGCUGGACCUGGUGAAACAUCAUGUUCACUCUCACAGGUGUUUCUCAUUCGGGAUUGGUGAGGGUGCAAGUACCGCCCUCAUCACAGGAAUGGCCAGGGAGGGAUCUGGUCACGCUCAGUUCAUCACAGACACCGACCGCAUGCAGCCCAAAGUGAUGCAGUCCCUCAGGUUUGCACUGCAGCCCGCUGUGGUUAAUAUCUCUGUGGAUUGGACCCUUCCAGAUGGCAUUACUGUUGACACACUGUCUCCACCCAUCAAUAUGCUCUUUCCGGGUCAGAGGUCACUCAUUUACGCCCAACUUAAAGGAGAGAGUUCAGGAGGCUCUGAGGGAACAGUGACAGUCAAAUACAGUCUUAAAGAUCAACCAGUAACAAACCAGCUCCACUUCUGCCUCAAACCAACUGAGGAAACAGGGUUGGCCGUCCACCGGCUGGCGGCUCGGACCCUGAUCCGUUCUCUGGAGCAGGAGGAGAGGUCAGGUGAUGCAGAUGUUGAGGGCAUCAGGAGCAGGAUAGUGGACCUCAGUGUUCAGGCAGGAGUGAGCAGUGUUCAUACAGCCUUCAUUGCCAUUAAUAAAGACAGCAGACAGACUGUGAAAGGACCCCUGCUGCAGAGAAGAGUGGAGACACAAAGUUUUUCAGAUGUGUGUCAACAAAGGGCUCUAUUAGAUUUGCGUCUAGGAUGUAGCCUAGUAAACGCGAGAUCCCAUGAUGGCAUCGAUGAACAAGUGUUUCACUGCUCAAAAAUGUUGGGUUCUUUCAGUAAGAAGGCAAAAAUAGUGACUGCACCUGAACAGAAGAUUGGAUUAAAGACAAAGGUCCAGAAUUUUUUCCGCCAUUUUAAGACUGCUGCUCCGACUGCCCAGAUAGAGUCUCAAAUCAAACAUUAUGCUGCUCCUGAUCUUCAGAAGGACCUGUUACUCCAGCUGGUUUCUCUCCAGAAGGCGUCGGGCUGCUGGGAGCUGGACGCCACACUGGCUGAUGUGUUUGGGAAGACGGAGGAUGAGCUGACCAAUCAGAAACCAGCACAGGUGGAUGGGUCAGUAUGGGCCACUCUCCUGGCUCUGAUCUGGUUAUACGGCUGUAAAAUAGACCAGCAGGUCGAGUGGCAGUUUGUGGCCAUGAAGGCAGUGUCAUGGAUCGGCUCUCAGAAAGUGGGCGAUCUGUCUCAGUGUGUGAGUGUGGGUAAUGUCCUGCUCGGAUGUCAGGUGACCGAAGAGACUCUGGGAAUCUGAAGACGGCUGCCUCCUAAUAGUCAACAAGGCUUAACGUUAGUCCACAGGAAGUGGCGAAGUCACGCAGUCUUGUUGUGACGGACACAUCAUUAAGCUGGUCUAUGUGGUAAAUACAGUCCAUCGGGCAGGACAUCCAUCGACCUCAAAUAUGGCUUGUCAUCUGAAACAUGUAAGUAGUAGCAACUUUACAUGGCCGCUCGCUUUAACGUUAAACUAGUAAACUGUGGGUUAUUCAAGUGUUUGUGUGUGGAGUGUGAAUAGUAGCGCGCUAACUGCAUGAGAGCUAAAAUGGAGGCGCCGGUGCGAUCACUCUCACUUUAAAUACUCCGUCAUUUUUGGUCCUACAGAUUCGAGUAAUACAUAUUUUGAAUCUGUGAAAAGUCUACUUUUAUUUGUGUGCACUCACAAUAACAACAAAACGUUGUGCUUUUGUAACAGGGUGCGCUUUCUGCCGUCUCUCUCUGUGAACUUGAGCGCGCCAAAAAAAAAAGAAAAAAAAAUGAAAGAACCGAAACUCCAUGUAAACUUUCCUCACAGACUUGAACAUAUGAACCAAUUCAAAUGGAAAACAACAAAUAUUCUCCGGUUAUGUAAUCCAUAUGAAACGAGAAUAUAGAGAUGACGAGUCAGCAUCGACGAUUUCUUCAGAAAACCAGUUUAUCGAUUAAUUAUUAGUCGAGGGCAGCCCUAAUAUUAAUUAAUUAUAUAAAAGUUUUUUUUUAUUUCCUCUGUAAUUCUGUCCUCAGAUUAAAGGAUCUUGCAUUGUGUCUUGCCAUUCAGGUCCAUCCUAACCAGUGUGUAACCAUGACUAUAAAGUCACAGGUACCAUGUGACAAUGUUAUGAGUGUUCAUUAAAAAAUGUGCAUUUUUUACAAAAAAAAAUAAAAAAUAAAACUAUUUUUA